AAUUUUUUUUUCUUAAAAAAAAAAUGUUGAAAUAUAAUUUUUGUCGAUGGUUUUCUUCUUCGUUAAUUUCAAAAUACAAUUUUACUGGCUCUUUAAAUAGUCAUUUUAAAUUUCAUGAAUAUGUAGUUAAUGAUGAUGAAUCAGACAUGAGACUUGAUCGAUAUUUGCAUUUAAGAACAAAUCUUCCAACUUCAACGAUUCAAAAAAAAAUUCGUAAAAAUGAGGUAAAAUUAAAACCACUAGCACAUGAAAAUGAAGAGUUAGAUAGUAAUGAGAUGCGAAUAAAAAAAACAAAAACUCUCUCAUAUAAAGUUCGUCCUGGCGAUGUGGUUUUAGUAAGGAGCACAGAUUUAUAUAAAGAAGCCAAAUUAGUUCGACCCACGAGACUUGCAAUUAAAUCUUUUAGUGAAAAUGAAAUAGAGUCAAUAAGAUCAAUGAUUGUAUAUAAAGAUGAUGAAAUUAUAGUUAUUAAUAAACCACAAGGUCUUGCAACUCAAGGUGGACCGAAAACGCUUAAACAUGUUGAUGGUUUAUUACAUGCAUUGCAGUUUGAUUAUCCUGAUCCUCCGCGGUUAGUUCAUAGAUUAGAUAAGAACACGACAGGUGCUCUUGUCCUUGGUCGAACUAGAUCAGCAGCAGGAAAAUUGUCUCACCUGUUUCGCGAAAGUACAAUAGAAAAAAUGUAUGUUGCUAUUGUUACUAAAUUUCUUCCAAGAAAUCUGGCACACACCAAAAUUAGUAUACCUAUUCGUUAUGGCGGUAAGCCACCCUUUGAAAAAGUCACUUGUAUAUUAGAUAAAGAAUCAUCUUUAAUGGCAAAUUGUAAAACUGCAAUAACAUAUUAUCAGGUAAUUGCAGGAACUGGUAAUUAUUCUUUACUCAGAUUAUAUCCUCAAACAGGGAGGAAACAUCAGCUACGAUCGCAUUGUGCAUAUGUACUCAAAGCCCCUAUUUUAGGAGAUGAUAAGUAUAGAUUGGAUAAAAUUGAUAAAACUAGUACGAGAUCAGAGACAUCAUUUGAACCAAUGUAUUUACAUUUGAAUAGACUUGUCAUACAUGUAAGAAAAAAUAUUUAUAUAUGAUUCUGAAAGGUAAAAAAAAGGAAUGAAUAAAAAUUUACAUUAAAUUAUUUUAAAUUAUUAAUUAGAAUUGGAGAACAAAAGAAGGUAA